ACACACGUACUCAUAAAACUUCGUCACGUGGUGUUGUUCAUCUCAAAAUGUGAAUUCGUAGCCUAACGUAGCUCAAGUCAGAACAAACUACAAAGGUGUCUCAGUGUCUGAUUGGAUUUCCGAGAUUAAUGGAAAGAAUAUUUUAAAAGCGUUAAAAUUCGGAUCUCGUAUUCAAAAUGACACAAAUAUUCGUCACCUACCAUCGACACGAGUAGAUUUUUGCAGUGAAAACAUUGAAUAAUGUAAUAAUUUUCAUUUUGUAAAAAUUUUAAGUACCUAUUAAUUUGAAAAUGUAUUUUGUAACUCAUUUUGUCAUGUCCAAAUAAUUUUGUGUGCAAACCUAUGUAAUGUAUAUAGUAUGUAUUGUAUGCAAAUAGUAUUUUUUUAAACUUGUAAAAGUAUCCGGAUACUAGAUUAGAUUUAAGCAGUAGGUUAAGUUGGUGAUGAUCGUACGUAUUUACUUAUCAAUUACGAUAUAUUCGCGAUUGUACUCAUUAUCUAUUUUCAUGUCAUGUUUAUUGUAAUUGCAAAAUGUUUCAUUAAUGUUUUUUUGACAGCAUAGUUAUGAAGAUUCAUAAGAUCUAUUGAUGGCAGAAAGGUAAGUGGAUAUUGAAUUACUUUGAAUACGCGUGUUCGUUUUUUUCGAAAUUUGAUUGAAAAAGUAAAGAUGAAUAAUGAGUGCUCUUUUUUUGAUAUUGAACGGUUUUAGAUGUUGAGGCUUCGAUGAAAAAUAUUUUUUUGUAAACUCCAACGUGUCUCUUCAAAAAUUGUACAGAAAUAAUUUUUUUUUAAUUCAUUAAUUCAUUUUUAAAACCUAAAUAAGAAAAGUACAUUAUUUAAAUGAUGGAGUAUUUAGUCGUAUUUUAAGAUGAUUUACAAAUGGAUUGGGUUGCGGACUUCGAGACAAUAAUUGGUAAAAAUAAUUUAGAAGAAUUAUGGAACGCUACCGCUGAUAGAUAUUAUAGGUACGUAAGUUUUUGAAAUGGUCUAGAAAAACUCCUUCGAGAUGACAAUGCCUACCUACCAAUAAAGAAGUUAGGUAAUCAAGAAUUCAGAUCAAUAGUGAAUUGAAAACGUAUAACGUGAAUGAAGACAGGGUAGGUGAAAAAAUUUAGCAUUAAGGUUUUUCAUUUUCCACAUUCCGCCCCCUCCCUUCCGUAAACUUGAUAUUGUAGGCCUAUUCGGUGAUAUGAAAACAUUGAAAAACUCAUUUUUUAGAUGUUUUAAAUUUUGAUUUUGAAAGUUAAGCGUUUUAUAAAAUGUUGAUAUUAUGAACCUGAACCCCUUGCAAUGAAACGACAGAUUUUUCAUUUUAAUUUUUUUAAAAAAUGGCUUUACCCGGUAUAUUAUUUUUAAAAUGAAUCUUUGAAAAUAAGUCGUUCCUAGUUCUGGUUUCCAAAAUGUUUUCAAAAUACCUAGUUUGAAAUUUUUUUUCUGGUUCCAAAAGGUAACUGUUGGGUUAUAUUUUUAUUUCAUUUCUGCGAAAAACGAGUGAAAGCUCUUUUUCAACUUAUUCGAGAUCGCAGAUUCGCCUUCCCGAAAAACCUCCUAAAACCAAAUUUCGACUUGUAGGUUUCAAUAAAAUCUCAUUUUCGCGCCACUUCGUUGCCAUUUUUGUGCUAUUUCUAAUUUCAUUGUCAAUAACGCGCCAUGCGUUCCAUUUUGGCGCCACUUCGAUGUAAUUUUUGUACCAUCCAUUUCGUCGCCAAUUAACGCGCCAUGAAAACGCCAAAGUAUCCUCAAUAUGAUCCCAUUGAAACGCCACAUCACCGCCAACCAGACUUGUAUGCAUUUCCGCGCCAACUCACUACCAACACAACAUUCAGGGAGCAGAUCAAACCAGUUUGGCCUGCUUUCUGAUUGGCUAAAAUUUUCCAUGUUACUGCCACCGUGCCACGUUCAGCUUCAGCCAGUGUUGCCAAUUUAGCGGUUUUCAAGCUAUUCCUAGCGAUUUUGAACAUAGAAAACCGCCAAAAAAUGUCAAUCUAGCGGCUAGCGGGAAGUCUAGCGUUUUUGACUUCAUGGCCACUUUUACCAUUUUAACUCACAAAUUCAGCAUUUCAGCUAAAAAAUAUUGAAUUUUUGAGAAAAAAAAAUCAAUGAAAUUGAACUUUUGUAAAACCCAUCCACUCAAUUUCAUCAAUUCUUUGGUAAUUUUUGAAUGAUUUCACUGUUUUUUAGUUUUUAGUCAUUUUUGUACAGUUUUAAAAUUUUAACAAAUUGAAUCUUCAUCAGUUUUGUAUUUUUUACAUGACUUGAGGUUUUAAAAAAAUGAUGAAAAUCUAGCGGGAAGUCUAGCGAUUUUGCUAUAUGGAAUUUAGCGGUUUUUAGCGGUUUUUUAGGAUCAAUCUGGCGGGAUUUUUCAAUAUGGCAUUGGCAACACUGGCUUCAGCUCCAAGAGUCUCAUCCAUUCUACUACCGCGUGGCGCGUUUUGCACGACGGCUACCUAAUUUAAUUUAUCCAAUAUCUCUUGUAGGUACCUAAUUGUUUUCUGCGAGUUUUUCUAAUAAUCUGUCACUUUGAUUGUAUAAUAUUUCCGUGAAAAAAAGGAUUUUUGACGCGUUUUCAAUAUUGUUGUUUGAAUCAGUAUUCAGUUUUGAAUUACUGGAAUUAGUUCAUUCGAUCUACAUACCUAGGUAUAUUGUUUGUCAGGUGCGCGAAUCUUUCCCGUCGAAAGUAUUUUUGCCAAUCUUCAGCCUCAAGUGAUCCUUCUGUACUGGCACAAGUAAAUCAAAAUGAUUGAUUUUGAUUGGGAUUUGUUUUCUCGAAAAGUACCUACUCUGCAAGAUUUAAUUAUUGACCAAAUAGCUCAGCGUUUAUGGCAUGAUGAAAUGAUUUUGAAACGAAAGUCAGCCACGUGUUCGUACCGUAGUAACGGUAAGGAUAGUGAAACAUCUACGGAUAUAACAUUCGAUUCGACAAAUCCUCUGUUCAGGAUAUUGAAGAUUGGUCAAAAAAUUACUUCGAAUGAAACGAAGCCAGCAAAUUCAAUUUGUAUACCACCCAAUAUUGAAUAUAUGAUUAGGCAGCGUAUUUUGAAAAUAGAAACCGAAAUCAAAAAUUGGCUUCAGUAUCAUCGUGAAGAAGUGUUCAAAGGACCCAUUUACCACAAUCAUCAAAUUAAUAUUUUGAAUCGACUCGAUUUUAAUGAACUAACGUACGAUAAUAAUUGCAGAAUCAAUUACAAGAAAACUGCUCGAAAUAUGCUAGAUUGUAAAAAGUUUUCUGUGAUAGAUAAAUUUAUGAUCGCUAGCGCGUACUGUUUCGGACAUGACAUUGCACAGAUGUGGCCCGCUGUAUCAAAAGUUCUUCAUCGUUACGAGUUUUCAUUUGAUUUAUAUCCUCUACCGUAUUAUUGGAGAUGUCAAAUGACAAACCGUUUAAAUGAUAUGCCGGUUGCGGUUCAAGGAAAUAUAAGAAGAAUCUGCCCACGUGUGGGAGGUAAUGUACUGGCAUGGGAGUACUUUUAUGAAAUCUUGUUAGGUGCGAAAAUUGACUUGGACAGUAUUGACCGCGUUUUCCGUUGUGCUUAUCCGCAAAGUAUAGAAGCAACAGUGAAAAAGUGUUUUCCUGCAUUAAGCGAAGAUGAUUUGAAAUAUGUCUUUUCAAAUUAUGGUUCCAAUAUAAUGAUUCGAUUGAUGACGACUCCCAGUCUUCGGAAAUUCGUGUUACCAAUAUGGUUACGCGUCAAUCAUAUAAUUGAUGGCGAUACGCUGCUUCGUAUUUUUCAAGAGAUACUAUUGAAACAAGAUUCAGAAAAAAUUAUUCAAUUUUUAUCGAGAGAAAUAUGGCAUCAUACUUCAUCUGAACUACGAAGUUACGUUUUAAACUAUUUCCAACGUUCGAAUUCAUUCAACGAAUUUAGAACUUUGAUGUAUGAAGAAUAACGAGAUUUAUAUGUUUUAUAAUUAAAUAGUUACCUAUACAUAUGUAGAUGU